AUGGCACCAGGAGGUAAAUCCGCAGGCAAGGCCAUGAAGAAGUCCGGCAAGGCGCAGAAAAACAUCACCAAGUCCGACAAGAAGCGCAAGCCGAAGAGGAAAGAAUCGUACGGUAUUUACAUCUACAAGGUGUUGAAACAAGUCCACCCCGACACCGGCGUUUCCUCCAAGGCGAUGAGCAUCAUGAACAGCUUCGUCAACGACAUUUUCGAACGCAUCGCCGCCGAAUCCAGCCGUCUGGCCCACUACAACAAGCGUUCGACCAUCACCAGCCGGGAGAUCCAGACCGCCGUCCGUCUGCUGUUGCCCGGUGAAUUGGCCAAGCACGCCGUCAGUGAAGGCACCAAGGCCGUGACCAAGUACACCAGUUCCAAAUAA